AUGCGGUUUCUAUUUUAUGCCACUGUUGGAAUGUCCUAUCUCGAGACUCUUCUCUGGCAGCGUGCUUCGUUUGUAUGGAAGAAUAGUCAUAUGCCAAGCUAUCUCGGCCCCACAUUCGGGCAACUCAUUCACUUGUUUAUACUACUCGUCGUAAAUAGUCUCACAGUUUUCGGUCUCUUUGUUCUCCUACUUAGGAGCCUUUGGGCGCUUGGAUCCAACACGACCACCAUUGAAACUUGGGAAAUCGAGAGACAUGCUACUCUUGUCCGUCGAGCCCGUGUGUUGGGCGGGUAUCUUGAGGGUCCUGGAGGAAUUCGAGUUCACAUAAAAAAGCAAGAAUAUCCAUACGACAUUGGGAUUUGGGCCAACAUCAAGCAAGGGAUGGGCGGGAGCGCAAAUGUCAUCAGCUGGUUCUGGCCAUUAGCCGCAACACCUGAUCGUCGGUCUGGCUGGGAAUUCGAGACCAAUGACUUUGAGGAUCCUGGUGUGUCAUGGCCACCUCCAGAUCCAGAUCGAAUCCCGAUGCCGGUCAGUGCAAGGCCUACCAAUUUCAGCAUGCCUACAUAUGCAACUAUCCAGGACGAGAUUGAUGCCUUCAAUCGUCGCAAACAGGAAGACAUGAAGCGAUUCCAGACUCCAGGCCUACAACGUCGGAAACCAUUCCACAAUCGGUACAAAAAAGACGAAUUCGCUGAAAGUGAUAGCGAGUCCGAAUCCGAUUCUGGGGUUGACUCAGACGAGGGCGAAGAAGCCUGGCGAAACGCCGAAGGGGAACGACUACGCGAUUUCGGGGUGGAUGAGGAAGCAGAAUUCUAUGACGAGGAAGACAUUCCUCUUGGUGUUCUCAUUCAGCGACGAAAGCAGCAAUCUGCUAACUAA